GAGGGGGAGGCCGCCUUUCCGGCGCGCGCCGUUGGGGGGCUCCGGGCCGAGGCCGAGGCUGCGGGCGCCGCCCGGACCGCCUGGAAGAGCAGCGCCGGGAGAGCCUCCGGAGAGCAGAGGCCGAGAGAGGCGUGGGGCGGGCCGAGCGCCUGCCGCGUGGAGGGCCGUGGACCGAGCGCUCGGCGGAGCGAAGCCGGAGCCCCCCCCCCGUCCCGGGACGGUGGACGAUGACGGCAGAGUCGAGGUGGGAAGCCACCCUGGAGCCUCGGGAGCAGGAGGGAUUUCCGCUGGUGAAAACAGAGGAGGAGGAGGGGCCCUGGGAGGCCGAAUCCAGCCCCCACGGAAGCGGCAGGAUCUUCCAGCAGCGCUUCCGCCAGUUCCGCUACCAGGAGGCGUCGGGGCCCCGCGAGGCCCUGGGCCGCCUGCGGGAGCUGUGCCAUCUGUGGCUGAGGCCCGACCGGCGCACCAAGGAGCAGAUCCUCGACCUGCUGGUGCUGGAGCAGUUCCUGCUGGUCCUCCCGGAGGAGAUCCAGGCCUGGGUGCGGCUCCACCGGCCCGAGAGCGGCGAGGAGGCCGUGGCCGUGGUGGAGGAGAUGCAGGGCGAGCAGAACGAGCCGGGGCAGUGGUUCAGCGAGGAGAAGUUCGUAGUCCCGGCCUGCGGGUCCCGAUCGGAAGCGCUCGAGGAAGACACGGAGGCCCCGGGAGCCUCCCAGGAGUCACUCGCCACCUCUCCCCAACCCGGUUCGUCACCGGCGCAGACGGAGGCGGGAUCCCUUCAGCCCGAGAUGUCGCUCCACCUCCCCAAACACGAUAACCCGGCCGAAACGGAGGGGAGGGAGUCGCUGUCGGCGAAGGAGGGCACGUUUGAGAAGGUGGGUUUCCAGAGACCCUUCCGGGGAAGACGCCAACCCAACAUCCUCACGGCCUCGGCGGGCGGAAACACCGGCGAGCCCGAAGGCAGGUUAGAGAGCCAGCGCGGCAGGCCGGCCCGGGGCAGACCCAGAAGAGCCGCUCCCGGGGGCGGAGACUUUAAAAAGGUCAGAGAGGCCCAGAAGAGACCCGCCGCCGAGAAGAGGUCGUACGAGUGCAACGAGUGCGGCAAGGCCUUCAAGUGGAGCUCCAACCUGCGCGCCCACGAGCGGAUCCACACCGGGGAGAACCUCCGCAGGUGCGACGACUGCGGGAAGGCCUUCAGCGCCCGCUCCACGCUCAUCAUCCACCAGCGCAUCCACACCGGCGAGAAGCCCUACCAGUGCAGCGAAUGCGGGAAGGCCUUCAGCCAGCACUCGUCCCUCAUUUAUCACGAGCGGGUGCACACCGGCGAGAAGCCCUACAAGUGCAACGAGUGCGGGAAGAUCUUCAAGAUCAGCUCCAACCUGCGGGCCCACGAGAGGAUCCACACCGGGGAGAAGCCCUACGAGUGCAACGAGUGCGGGAAGGCCUUCCGAAACCGCUCCACCCUGAAGACCCACCUGAGGAUUCACAGCGGAGACAGCUGCCCCGCCCAGCGGCCGGCCCCCGCCGGGGCCCAGGGAGGCUUCGGCGGGCCCCCCCUCUUCCCCGUCGAACCGUUCGAGGACCGGGGUCAGGUCCCGGCGGUCACCGGCCCGUGAGAGCGCGCCCCGGCCUCCCCCCCCCCCAGGGAUCUGGGGGGCGACGCCGCCCGUCCUCGGCGCCCGAAAUCCGCGUGCAGUUCU